UUUAAGAUACAACUUUGAUUUUUUUUUAAAUUUUCUUUACAUAUCUAUUCUUAUCUCUGUUUGAUUGUGAGAAACUGAGAGUAAACAAAAUUUGGAAUAAAGAUGGUGGUGAAAAUUUAUGGUCCGGUAACAGGAGCUUGUCCACAAAGAGUCAUGGCUUGUCUUUUCGAAAAAGAAAUUGACUUUGAGGUCGAAACCAUCCGCCUUGAACUCGGAGAACACAAAAGGCCAGAGUUCCUUGUGAAACAGCCAUUUGGUCAAGUGCCUGUAGUAGAGGAUGGGGACUUCAGACUUUUUGAAUCAAGGGCGAUCAUAAGGUAUUACGCAGCUAAAUAUGCUGAUCAAGGAACAAACUUGUUGGGCAAAACACUAGAGGAACGAGCUUUGGUAGAUCAAUGGCUUGAAGUUGAAGCACACAAUUUCAAUGAACUGAUAUAUACUAUUGUAUUUCAAGUGGUGAUACUUCCUCGAAUGGGUCAAACUACUGACUCAGAGUUGGUAGGUGUUAGUCAAGAGAAACUCGGAAAAGUUCUUGAUAUAUACGAAGAACAAUUGUCCAAGAACAGUUAUCUAGCUGGAGAUUCGUUCAGUCUCGCCGAUCUGGGCCACCUCCCAGGGAUUCGGUAUUUGAUGAAUGAGGCAGGGAAAGGUUAUCUUGUCAAGGACAGGAAGAAUGUGAAUGCCUGGUGGGGAAAUAUUUCAAACAGGCCUGCUUGGAAGAAAGUUCUGAAACUCAUGGAGAAAAAUUAGUUGAAGCAAGGUUUAUGUACUAUGAAAGGUUUUCCGUAUAAUAUGGAAAACUGAUUGAUAUUGUUGUGAUGAUUUCUGUCUAGAAAGUCUUUUUUGCUGCUGCAAUAUUCUACAAUAAAAACUUGGCUUUUUAUGGUGUGCCAUAUU